UUCAAAUUUGUAGUUUGCCCUCCAGAACUGGAGGUGGCGGUAAUGUGAAGCCAUGUUGUUUAUCGUCGACACCGGAAAUAACGCGACGUACACAACGCUGGGAGAGCUCACACGUGGAAACAGAAGUACGGUUUAGUAAUGAGCUGUUACUUUAUUUAAAAAUAUGCCAAAAAGAGGAAAACCCGUGUCAGAAGAGAAAGCCGCCGAUGAGGCGGAACCGGAGCAGGUCCAGGAACCACCGGCGGAGGGCAGACGGACCCGCAGCGGCCGCACGUUCCGGACUCCAGCACCGGUGCUCGGCUCUGAAGCCCCGGUGAGGACUCCCAGCCGGAGGAGCAGGAGGUCAGUCCUCCAGGAGCUACCGGUAGAGGUGGAGGAAACAAAUACAGAGGAGAAACCUAUGAGUCCGGCCGAGGACAGGUCCAGCAUGCCAGCGGAACCAGAGCCCUGUCCCGGGGCAGAGCAGCCGACACCGGAACCAGCUGAGCCACAGACAGUGACUCCAGCGGCGGAUACAGAAAACAAAUCCACAGUUAACGGCAGCGGAGACGCUCCUCUGUCCAGACCUGUUCCAGCAGAGCCGGUCCCGAAGAAGCCUCACCUAGCUCCCAGUGAGAAGCCCCGCCCGGCCAUUCCUCUGGGAAAACCGAAAUCUGGAAGAGUGUGGAAGGACCGGAGCAAGGCGAGGUUUUCAGCUUUAGUGAGAGACAAACAAUUGUGCUCCUCUUGGGAAAAGAAGAUGGAGGCCAAGCGGGAGAAGGCACUGGUGAAGCAGUAUUCUUUGCAGCUUAAGGAUGAGAAAGCUCGGCAGAAGGAGGAAAAGAGGAAAAGAAGAGAAGAAAACUUAAAACGUCGAGAAGAGAACGAACGCAAAGCUGAGAUUGUUCAAGUGAUCCGGAAUACGUCAAAGAUCAAGAGGAUGAAGAAGAAACAUCUCAGAAAGAUUGAGAAGCGAGACACGCUGGCUCUGCUGCAGAAGUCACAGAAGCAGAGCGGCAAACCCACAAAGAAACAGAAGAACUCUGACCAAGAUUUAACUUAAAGUCCAGAAAUAAAUGUGAUAAAAUUUA